AGGCCACACUGUUUUUGCGCGCUUUUUUGACUGACUGCUACCACGCCGUGUUUUUUAGUUAUUAACUACUAUUUAGUUGUUACUGCCCGCCGACUAAGACAUUAACUAACCCCAUGGCCGCCGUGCGUCGCUCCACGCGCCUGAGCAGCAUCAGCAAGGCCGCCGCCGCCUCGCCAUCGGCGCAGACGCAAGUUCACACACCGCGGCGAUCGGAGGUUUGGCGGAGAAGACAGCCGAAGGCAGUGAUCGUCGACAGCGACGAGGAGGAGGAGGCAGUCGAUAACCGCCUGAUUGGCUCCGUUUCAGAGAACAACGAGAACCGCAACCUGCUGAACAAGAUGGACAAGGACAGGGCAGCCAGGCGGAGGACGAACACAGGGAAGGCGCCGCCGCCACUCGAGCACCAGCUGCUGGCAGAGCAAAAGACGCCACGCAGCACGAAGAAAACAGCAACGGCGGCAGCGGCGAUAGCGCGUUCCCGUGAAGCCGCCGCUAUCUUCAUAGGGAGCAGCAGCGAUGAGGAGCAGGAUGUGGACGCGCACCAUGUUUCGCCGCCCAAGCAGCGCAGGCUGCAGCCUCUGCCGCAGCACCUGAUCAGUCCAUCGCGGCUGCUGGACAGGCUUAGCAUAGACGAGCGUCAAGAGGAAGACGCAGAAACCAAGACUGACAAGGUGCAGGAGCAGGAAAAGCCCCGACAAAAGCAGCCAACGAAGCGACCAGAAACUAGGCCAGAGAAGACAGUUUCCAGGCCCCAAGCUAAGCCUGCAAAUGAAGAACAGGUGAAACAGCAGCAGCAACCCCAAUCCGAGCCAGAAACCCUGCCCUCUCCGCCCCGCAACAAAUACCAAAAUGCACGCCGCGUCCUCAACAGCGCCGAGACCCAAAAUCUGCCAGGACGCGAGGAGCAGCUACUCGAACUCCGGGAGUUCUUCACCAGCCACCUGGAAAGCCAGUCCUCCGGCAGCCUCUACGUCUCCGGGCAGCCAGGAACGGGCAAGACCGCCUGCCUAUCCCUGCUACUCCGCGAUCCGGCCUUCUCCAAGCGACUGCAACGAGUCUACAUCAACUGCACCAGUAUUGCCAGCGUGGGAGCCGUGUACAAGAAGCUCUGCGCCGAGCUGCAGCUGAAGCCGAACGGGCGCACCGAACGCGAUCACCUGGAGGCCAUCCAGCGGCACCUGCGCAGCGCCAAGCGCAUGCUCCUGCUGGUCCUGGACGAGAUCGAUCAGCUAAGUACGAGCCGGCAGGCUGUGCUCUACACGAUCUUCGAGUGGCCUGCCCUGCCGGGCGCCAGGAUACUUCUCGUCGGCAUUGCCAACAGCUUGGAUCUCACGGACCGGGCGCUGAUGCGCCUGAACGCCAGGUGCGAGCUGAAGCCGAGGCUAAUGCACUUUCCGCCCUACUCCAAGCAGCAGAUCGUGGAGAUCUUCAAGUCGCGCCUGGCCGAGGCCGAGGUGCUGGAUGUCUUUCCGCCCGUCACCCUGCAGCUGCUGGCCGCCAAGGUGAGUGCUAUCAGCGGGGAUGUGCGGCGAGCCCUGGACAUCGGCCGGCGAGUGGUGGAGAUUGCCGAGCAGCAGAAGCGCGACGGCGAGAAGGAGUUCAACAUGAAGGCCCUGGAACUGGAGGGCAAGGACGCCGUGGAGGCCAAAGAAAAGCAGGCAGAUACCCUGAAGCCCGUUCAGGUCACCCAAGUUGCGGCAGUGCUGAACAAGGUUUAUGGGGCGUCGCAAAACCUGGAGGAGGACAUCGAGGCCGCCUUUCCGCUGCAGCAGAAGCUGAUGCUGUGCAGCCUGGUGCUGAUGCUGCGCAAUGAGCGCAACAAGGACAUAAGCAUGGGACGACUGCACGAAGUCUAUCGCCGGGUGUGCUCCAAGCGCAACAUUCUGGCCCUGGAUCAGGCGGAAUUUGCGGGCACCGUAGACCUGGUGGAGACCAGGGGCAUACUGCGCAUCAUUCGCAAGAAGGAGCCACGCCUGCACAAGGUGCUGCUGCAGUGGGACGAGGGAGAAGUGCACGCGGCGCUCAGUGACAAGCAGCUGAUCGCCUCGAUCCUCAGCGACACCGCCUGCCUGGGCAAGUGAUGAUGAUUACCUUUAGGAAAUUAGUUUACCAAACAAUUCGCGCUGGUUAAUUGCGCAUUUCUAGCAUUUUCAUUCACCUUGGGGACGCGCAUAUAGGAUUUUUAUAUAUAGGAAUACUUUUUGACGCUAAAUUUAACAUUCGCUGCUGUUGCGCCAGCACUGAAAUAUUUUGAAAUAUCAUUUGAGGGUCACUUUCGACAUUUCGCUCUGACUUUAAUUGAAUCGAAUCUUUGGGAUUUCGUCUUUCCGUGUGUCAUAAAUUAAGUAAAUGUUGCGGCAACCAUAUUCUAUUUUUUUUGAUCCAACGAUCUCUAGACAAUUCACUUCCUGUUAGCCCUAAGCAAUUAAAGAAUAAACUAUAUGCAAAUCGCAAAA